UUUUUGUAUGCCUCCCUGCGUGUGCGUGCGCGCGUGUGCCUGCCCGCCCGCCUGCCUCUCCCCCCCUUCUCCCUCUCUUUCUAUCUCUGUGGUGCCUCUUCCGACCCACGCGCUGCUCCUCUCUCUUUCUUUUCUCUCCCCCCCUUCCCCUCCUCUUUCCUCUCCCACCCCGACCCCCUCGCCACCUCUCUCAGCUCUCAAACUCUGCCUCCCCGAGCCCUGAAAAAAUGCCUGGCCGUGAAGCGAGGAGAGGGCACCGGGUCUGUAAAUAAGAAUGGCGGCACCUGACUUGCUGGAUCCCAAAUCUGCCACUCAGAACUCAAAGCCCAGGCUUUCAUUUUCUACCAAACCCACUGUGCUUGCCUCACGGGAGGAGAGUGAUACAACUAUUAAUGUUAUGAAAUGGAAGACGGUCUCAACCAUUUUUCUGGUGGUGGUUCUGUAUUUAAUUAUUGGAGCUACUGUUUUCAAAGCCCUGGAGCAGCCACAUGAAAGUAACCAGAGAACAACCAUUGUGCUCCAGAAGCAGGAGUUCGUAUCACACCACAACUGUGUGAAUGACACAGUACUUGAAGAACUGAUUCAGCAAGUAGUGGCAGCAAUAAAUGCAGGAGUCAAUCCUAAAGGAAACACGUCUAACAGUCAUUGGGAUUUGGGAAGUUCCUUCUUCUUUGCUGGCACUGUUAUUACCACCAUAGCUCAAGUUGUUUGUAAUUUAGGAUUUGGGAACAGCUCGCCACGUACAAAAGGUGGAAAGAUUUUCUGCAUCAUUUAUGCCUUACUGGGAAUUCCUCUCUUUGGUUUUCUGUUGGCUGGAGUUGGAGAUCAACUUGGGACCAUAUUUGGGAAAGGAAUCGCCAAAGUAGAAGACACGUUUGUUAAAUGGAAUGUGAGUCAGACAAAGAUUCGCAUCAUAUCGACAAUAAUAUUCAUACUGUUUGGUUGUGUGCUGUUUGUUGCUCUCCCUGCAGUCAUAUUCAAGCACAUAGAAGACUGGGACACACUAGAUGCAAUAUAUUUUGUAGUUAUCACCCUAUCAACGAUUGGGUUUGGUGACUACGUUGCAGGGGGGUCAGAUAUUGAAUAUUCUGAUGUCUACAAGCCAAUGGUGUGGUUCUGGAUCCUUGUAGGCCUUGCAUAUUUUGCUGCUGUCCUGAGCAUGAUCGGUGAUUGGCUACGAGUUAUAUCCAAAAAGACCAAGGAAGAGGUGGGAGAGUUCAGAGCUCAUGCAGCUGAAUGGACAGCCAAUGUCACGGCAGAGUUCAAAGAAACACGUAGACGCCUGAGUGUGGAGAUUUACGACAAGUUCCAGCGGGCUACCUCCAUCAAAAGGAAGCUCUCUGCAGAAAUGGCAGUGAACCACAGCCAAGACCUGACUCCUUGCAAGAGAACCUUGUCUGUCAACCACCUCACCAGCGAGAAAGACCUCUUGCCUGCCAUCACAAAGACGGACAGCAUUUAUAUGAAUGGCUUGACUCCUCACUGUGCAGCAGAAGAGAUUGCUGUCAUUGAAAACAUUAAGUAGCACUGACUUUGAAUCCUGAUCUUUUAAUAAGAAGAAGCCUACGGUUUAGACUUUACCUUGUAGUUCCUGAUAUUUUUCCCCCUUGUCCAUAACUGAUGCUAAUAGCAUUAUUUUUAUCAUGUGCAUGAAUUCCAACAGAAAUCCACCCACAAUAAGGAUUCAGAGUCACCAUCGUAUCUCUUGAAAGACACAAAAUGAAUGGCACUUCUGUCAUUGACAAAUGCUGGAACAAGCAAUGUUUGAUGCCUUUUUUGUGCCCAGACUGUUUCUUCAUCUCUCCUAAUGUGCCAUAAGGCGUUAAGAAUGAAUACUGCUGGUUUAGGUUAACAAUGUAGCUUUGAGGGAUCAGUCCUUAAACUUUUCAGGGUCUACCUUACCAAGCCUAGGAACGGACCAUGUACGGACUACAAUCUAUAUGUAAAUGGCAAGAAAAUCUUAUGCAGCCUUUUACCUAAGAAAUUUUUGUCAGUGCCUUAUCUUUUAAAGAAACAGAACCUCUAUAACUCUCAUAAUGGUUUUUUGUUUGUUCGUUUGUUGGUUGGUUCUUGCAUGAGUAACAUUAUCUCAUUUUGAUAUUUCAUCUAGACCAUAACAAUCAUGUUUUAAGGGUGUCUAAAGCUGAGGAUACCAGCAUUAAGAAACUGAUGCCAAAUCCAAAAACAUCAAAGCACCACCGCUUCUAAGUCUAGCUUUAAAGGCACUGCAAUUAGCAGGGUUGCAAAAGGUGUCUCCCUGCAAGUAGGUUUCUUUUCUUUUUUUAUUACUCAGGUGCAGAGUAUGUACACUCAACAGACCUGUAGAAUUCAUGGAUCCAUUUCAGGUCUCGUUACUUAAGCCGUAGUUGGCAGUUCAGUCCCAUGCAUCAUAUACCAAAAAUCUUCAGUUUUGUAUUGUUAACCGAUUUGAUAGGUAAGAUUAACUUGGUGCAAUCAAAAGACUCAUUUUACACAGAAUCAACAUUGAAACAAUCCUGAAUUAUCAGCAUUUCUAUUAAACACCAUGCUGCUGGCAGAUAAGGAUUUGAAAUUUUCAUUGUUUUAGCCACGUCAUGCCAUACGCUAUUUUAGCACAGGGAUCCUGCCUGCUGAUUGCUUUCCUGAAUGUUACAUCGUACGCUUUUGCCCAUUCUGGAGCUGGGAUUAAAAGUGGGAAUGCAGCUGAAACUGGCAUCACUGUGACUUUCUACAUCGAGAAUAUAGACGGUAUCUGAACACAAAUGCAGGCGUGAAAAACAGUUGACCAAUAGCACAAUCUGAAUAUAAUUGAAUAUUUGGGUAGAAUAGGCUGAUACACAGAUCUGAAACCAAUCCUUGGGAUUUCUUUAAUUGUUUUAAAGAGGGGAAAAAAACAUUAAUUUUAUAGCCUCUUGUGUCUUUUGUUUCUAAGUGUGUGCAAGAUUCAGAAGGAAUGCAGGAUUUUUAAAUAACGGAAUGGAUUGUCUUUUAUUUUCCUUCACCGUUUUAUUCUAUUUCAUCCUGGCUGUAUAUAAAACAAAUAUAAUACCCCUUAAGAGAUUAAUAGGCAGCCUGAUCCUCAGAGCAUAACUAUGAUGCAAACUUCGUUGAAAUCAGAGGCUUGCAUCUGUAGAGCUGUUUGAGGCCUGCAUCCUUGGCUCUGAUUAUCUAAAGCCAAAUGGGACUUCAAUUGGACACAAUUCAAGUAACAAAUCCAUUCUGUCCUAUUAUUGAAUAGCAUUAUGA